GGAUUUUGCCGACCGUAGCUUGUGUGAUAUAUGCAAAUGAUCCAAGAGGUUGUCCUUCGUGACGACGAACUCCUCAUUUUGCACUGAAUUUCUCCCUCGAUCGUGGCACGAUUUCUCAACAGCUUUCGAUGUACAGGUUCUUCAGAUAUCAUUCCUACUAUUUACGUUGAGGAUUUGACCCCGCCAUGGACGUCCCUCCUGAGGAUGCCACAGCAGAGACUGCUGCCGCAGCAAACAAGGCACCAGGUGUCAACGGCACUGAGGUUGAAGCCCCUGCCGCUGUUGUGGCAGAGUUCGGCGAUGGUGCAGCUACUAGCAGCAACUCUGCCGCGGCUGACAGCAUUGCUGCAGCUGCAUCCAUUAAUGUGUUGGAGACCUAUUUGCAGAAUUUCAACCAGGAACUUUCGUCAUCAACGACUGCAGGUGCCUCUGCUCCUUCAGGGGAUGCCCCAAAACAGGACCAACUAGAACAGGUUGCGGCAGUUGCCGUCACCCUGUCAGAACUACCAGAGCAGGUUGUGCUACAGCAACAGCAGCAACAACAGCUUGAAGUGACACAGCCAGCAGGUGAAGCCUCCGUACCCAAGGGGCCUGCUCCUGAGGCUGUGCAGGGCCAAGAGGGUUUUGUAGCUGCUGCUGCCGUAGAACCGCAGGACAUUGUCAUUGCUCAGCCGUCGCAGAUUUCAGGAGAGGAGCCCACGCCAGUCGGUGUUAGCCAGGAUCCAGAGGCAGCAGUGGCCCAGCAGUUAGUAGAGGUUGUCAAGCAACAUGGUGGAGAGGAGGCUCCUCAGGGCCAGAUGGAGGCAACCUCAGGGGAGGAUGCAGCAGCCAUGGAUAUCACCCAGACAUUGCAGCUGCUAGCCAAUGCGUCGGCUAACAUUGCCACACAGCCGGUUGCCAGCCAAGAUGCAGGUAACCAGCAGAGCCAGCCAGUAGUCACAGUGGCAGAUGCAGCAGACACCAUGGGCCAGGCCUUCAUCCAAGGCAUAGAGGGGGCAGGGCUAGCUGAACAGCAGAACAUCACCAUACAAGGCAUUGAGAGUCUUCAGAACAUGGAGGGAGAGCAGAUGGUGAUGGUGCAACAUGUUGACCAGCACGGCAAUAUGGUCCAACAACAGCAACAGGUUUUAAUGGUGGCCAUGCAAAAUGAUGGAAACACUGGAACACCUAUGAGUGUCGUCGGCAACAGCAUUGUGUAUGAAAACAGCCAAGGCCAACAGUUCAUCCCUGUCUCUCAAGAUGGAUCCCAGAUUUCCUUUGCACAGCCUGUUUCUUCAGAGGGUACCAGCAACAGCACCCAGGUGUACACCAUUGUUCAGGGAGACGGUGCAGAACAGACUGGAACCGAGACCUCUCAGGGUGGCACAGUGAUUACACAGGAAGAAGUCACACAGAGCAGCACUGAGGUUGUUGCCGAGGAAGGCCCAGAGGUUACGACUCGAGAGCCCACCCAGGAGGAGCUGGAAGAGCAGGCUGUGGCCAAUGCUGCUGCCAUCCAGGAGGGUGCCGUGCCCCCCUCCUACCAGAGCAAGGAGAAGGUCCUGACCAUCCGCAGGUCCCCACGUAAGCGGCCAACAGUAGACGUAGAGGGAGUGGAAGCUGAGUCAGUUGUGGUAGGAGAGGGUCACGAGGAGGUGGUUGUUCCUAUGAACACCCAGAUCGUGAUAGUGCGAGAAGUGGUUGAAGGGGAAGAUGGCCAGAGAACCAUCCAGGACCACUCCGUCUAUGACUUCUACGCAGGGGAAAAUGAUGAUGAGCCGGUCACCAAACCCAGCCUGGACGACAAGGACUCCCCGAAAAAGCGCAAGAAGUACAUGGUCCCCAAAUUCGAUGACGGCCGCCUUAUUGAUCAAGUUCUUGGACGGGCCAAGAAGACUUCUGCCAGUCCUAGGGAGCCCAAAGUCCACGAGUGCAACAAGUGUGGCCGUAUCUUCCGCACCUCAACGCUCCUGCGGAAUCACCUCAACACACACAGCGGUACCAAGCCCUACAAAUGUGAGCUGUGUGAGAAGGCCUUUGGAACGUCUGGUGAGCUGGGGCGGCACAUGAAAUACAUGCAUACCCACGAGAAGCCACACAAGUGCCCUCUCUGUGAUUAUUACAGCGUUGAAGCAAGCAAGAUCAAACGUCACAUGAGGUCCCACACUGGAGAGAAGCCGUACAAGUGUACGCUGUGCGACUAUGCCAGCACAGACAACUACAAGCUGAAACGUCACAUGCGGGUCCACACUGGCGAGAAACCUUUCCAGUGUGGCGAGUGUGAGCACAGCUUCUCUCAGAAGAGCAGCCUGAAGGAGCACCUGUGGAAGCACGCUGGUUCCCGCCCCGCCCACAAGUGUGAGUACUGCGACACCACCUUUGGCCGACAUGCAGAUAUGAAGACCCACAUCCGCAAAAUGCACACACAGGGCCAGCCACUCAUCUGCAAGAUCUGUGAGAAUGGCUUCACCGACCGCUUCAGUUUCAUGCAGCACCAGAAGACGCACAAGGGGGAGAAAAUCUACCAGUGUCUGGAGUGUGACUACUCCGCCCCUCAAAAGCGCCACCUUGUCGUUCACAUGAGGGUCCACACCGGCGAACGCCCAUUCCAGUGCAGCGACUGCCAAGAGACUUUCAAACACAAGCAGACCCUGGUGAAUCAUUUGCAAAAGAAGCACAACAUCCAACCCGACCAAGAUGAAUCUCAAGGUGGCCUGAAGCGCAAGCGGCGAGAUUCCUCAGAGGCGGGCUCCCCGACUAAGAAAAUGACCCGUCGCCAGAGAAUGGCAAUGCCGGAGCAGCAGCAGCACCACAUUGUGGACGAGCACGGCAACACCCUGCAGCUGUCCCAAGAGGAUGCCGAAGCCAUCCAGGCUGCCAUGCAGCAAGGCACAGCAGACGGCACGCUACAGAUCAUUCAAGGGGAGGAGGGCGGUCCCGUCACUGUCCUGACCGUGGCACAGAAUCCAGACGGCUCUGUGUCCAACUUGGAGCAGAAUCUCCAAAUAGUCAAUGGAUCCUUAGCCACUGUCCAACAGCAGGACCAGCCUGAGCCUGAGGCAAGUGUGGCAGGAGACCUUCUACCGGGGCAGGUUAUAAUGCAGGUACAAGGUGAGGACCAGCCUACCACCUCCCAGGAAGCUGAUGGAACAAGCCAACAAGAAGCAGAGGAAGGAACAGAGAACCAAGCCGAGAUGACCCCUGUUGAGACGAAGCUUGAGAAGACGGAGCAGGUGGCAGAAAAGGCUGGCGAUUCCGAGCAAGGCACAACAUCCGAUGAUAGCCUACCCACCAUGGUCCCCCCACAGACGAAAGUUGAGGGUCAGAAGACUCAAGCUGAAGUUCAGAGUGAACCCAACGUCAUCACCCAAACAGAGUCCAUCCUUGUCCCAGCCAACCAGCCUAUAAGCCAGACCCAGGAGGAAGAGGAUGACGAGGAAGCUGCUGACGAUGGAACCAUCUACCUCUUCGUUGAAGAACAGUGAAGGGGGAAUUUGACCUGUAAAUAUAAAUCUCCUGAAAGAAUGGAUCUCUUUGUCAUUGCUCGGUCAUUGUUUUCUCGUGGCCUGAUGUAUCUUAUAAAAAUCUUGACUUUUGCUACAAUUUUUCCAUUUCCAGCAAGCUUUUCAGUUCCCUCGACAAUGAAAAUAUUCUCACAAGUAUCUUUUUCCUAUGUUGUUAUGCCAUAUGUGAUAGUGUAACUGUUAUUAUCAGUUACUUGGCAUCAUUGAAUCUUGUUUAAAAUGGGAGUAUCUUACUUGAGGGAAACUGAGUUAGGGUAGUUUUCGCACAGGAGUGGUAUCCAUGAGUAGUGUUGCCCAGGUACUAGUGGUAAUUGUUUUGUUGUAACCAAAUAGACUAAUUUACUCAAUGAAUCAUUUUACACACUGCUCAGGAGAGAGAUCACCAUUUCUAGCCUGUGAUAACAUCAGGAUGACAUUUGAGGCAUAGUAAGCGGUUAUGGUGGAAUCAUUGGUUGGUGUAUUAUUUUGCCUGCAUGAUAAAUGGCAUUGACUGUGUCAUGUUGACAAGUUUAUUGUCUGAUUGAACAGUGACAAAGUCAUUCUUUUGUGUCAUGCCAUUGUAUUAUCAUCCUUUGAAUUGAAAUUAAACAGUAUUGUGAUUUUGUUUUUAUUCGGUUUCUUCUCAGUGUCACAGCAGCUAUUGACACAUUUCAAUUGAAAAAUCUGGCUUUUGUUUUCCAGAUGAAUUUUUAAUGUCAUAACAGUUGUACAUAUGAAUUGGGACAGACAAAAAUGUUCUUAGUCUAUUAAAAGCAUAUCAUUAGUUAGAAUUAGUACCUUCAUAUGAAGUUUAAAGGUAAGUGUCAAAAUCUUGUGUCAAUUAUUCUUUGUAUAAAUCUGAUUGGAGUUGAUGCCAUUUUAAAUAGUUAUGUAAUCUUGGUAUAUGCACACUCAACACUCAAAAGGAAAAGUGGGGUUUUUCCUGUUCCCCUUUCAUGGACAUGACAGUACACACCAAUUGACAUUUUUAGUGUCAAAAUUAUUAUCAAGAGCAUGAAUGAAAAUCCAUUUUUCUUAUGAACGUUUCAUUUAACUUUUUUUUCAAUUUCCUGGUGGUGCCCCUGAUGCUACACAUUUUCCGAAAAACAAACUCAAGUUGAGAUAUUUUAAACUACACUGUGACUGUAAAUAGAUUGUCAUUAUUUGCACAACAGCUUCAACAGAGCAUGACCUCUCCGGUAGCCACUUACAUCUGACUGUAUUUUUGGCAAAACUCACUCUGAAAGUUCCUAGAUGCGAUGACAGUAUUUCAAGCAUUUUUAUGGUUUGCUUGUAAACUUUGCAUAGGACAAUAAGUAUGUGAAUUCAGUGGGCUGCAUCUGUGUGCGGUUUUCCCAAGAAAACCUACACCAAACAUGAAACCUUUUUGUGUUGCUUUUUUGUGUGUUCAUGAGAGUGUGAUUGUUUUCAUGUUAUUAUUCCUUAGAUUUUGUUAAAUAUAAUAAUGAGAAGUUUCCAUUGAAAACAGGUGCUAAUUCACUUUUUUCACAAUUGGUUGCCCACAUGCCCCAGUUUGUAGGUCCCUCAUUUGAUCUUUCAAAACAAGACACAAGAGGCGAUACUGUCAGUUUUUAGCUUUCAAGCUUCAAACCCCCCCCCCAAAAAAAAACACAUUUCCAAUAAGCUGGGAGACAGGUUGUGACACAGGAAAAUCUUAAACUCGUCAUUUUCUACAGGUGUGAAUAUGAAAUAUAUGGUUUUGUUUCAAUGUAAGCCUUGUAAAAACUAGAAGUAGUUAAGUACAUUUUUUUGACUUAAAAAGCACCUUUUAAUUGUGAUUUCAUUUAAUUUUAUAUAAAGGAUGCAAGCACUGACUUCAGAAGUAAUUAAGCACAGUAUAAAUGACGAGAAACAUUUUAAAUAGCUUUUUUUUUCAUUGUCCAAAUUGUGACUGGGCAUCCCUUAUUUGUAUAACAGUGGGGGGGAUUGGUGGGGUCUAUAUGGAAAAACCCUCCAAAGAAAAAUGGGAACCCUCACGCUGAUGUAAACUUAUGGAUACAUAUUGUAAGCCACAUGCAGGCAGGUGGGUCAAGACAGCUUCUGACAAAAUUUGACACUGGGUAAACUUGAUUACAAAAUUAUAAAAUAGUAUGUGGAUUUAACUAUACAUUGCUACUGCAUGCUAUGCCCAAACUUACUUGAUGGCCUCAUCAAUUGACUGUGGCUAAGCAAGAAUCCUCAGAUCACUAACCGAUGAAACCUCAAGCUGGGAAACUAUUGCCUGUCUUUAUUGACGACAGACUGUCAGUCUACCCUCCGUCUCCCCACCCUCAGUGUGUGCUGCUGACAGCAGUGAUGUAAUGCAUCAAGUACUCAAAAAUGACAAAUGGGGGGGGGAGGCUGUUCCACCUUUGAAAUAAUUCCCUUUUUAAAAAUGUGUUUGUUUUUGGUUCUGGACGUACCUGUAUUUCGGAAGGGAUAGCUUAGCCAUCUCCAGUUUCUGUUUUUUCUGGACUUUUAGCUUGAGAUAUUACAGAUUACCUUUUGUGUUUUUGAGUGAAGACAAGUUGAGCUGUGGGCUUCAUCUAAAUAAACUGUAAUAUGCUUCCGA